AUGCCGACUCAGGAGAUGCCCAUGCAGUACGUCAACAGGAAGGAGUGGGGAGCAAACGCUCCUUUAGCUCCUCUCCUCCCGUUGCAGCAUCCUGUGCCGUUUGUCAGGUUCACCUUUACCACUAGAGUCAAAAGCUGCCAUUCCGAGAGGAAAUGCACUAAGAGAGUCAAGGAGAUCCAGAGAAUAGACACAGAGGAAAGAGGCCUACCGGAUAUGGCCCCCAAUUUCUUGGUAGGAGGUGACGGAUACGUGUACGAAGGCAGAGGUUGGCGAGCUCAGCCAGAGAAGAUCCCAAAUAGACCAGACCUGGAUGGAAAGUUCGUAGAAAUCUGCUUUAUUGGUGACUAUUCAAAAAGACCGCCUAGCAACGAGAUGAUACGCCGGUCCGUAGUUGCAAUGGAAAUCGGAACUGGCCAUAACCUCUUGGACAAGUACUACGACAUUUUAGACCUUGGAGGAGUCCGCUAUCUAGACUUGGGAAAGGACGAGCCGUCAUCCAUGUGAAACAUACGGGAAACCACAUUAGUCUUGUAAAUAUUAUGUACACGUUUAAAAUUCCUAUUAUUAGUUCGUGGUUAUAAAUUACAUAUGAUUAAAU